CCUUUAAUUUUAUUAAGGGAAAUUCGGAGAUUUUUGUUAUCCUGAAUAUCUGUUUUAUUAUCACUAUGGAUAAGGUAAGAGGAAGUCCCAUUUGCGCACCACUGUCAUGGUUAAAAUUCGUAUUAAUUUUAAUUUGGUUACAGAAACGUCCAAGAUCUGUGAAUUGGGAAGAAAAAGAAAAACUUGUACUGCUAGACGGAGUUAAAGACAACAUAAAAGUAUUAGAAUGUAAAAGGAAGUUAACAACAGCUAAUAGAGACAAAGCAGCAGCCUGGAAUAUCAUAAAAAGAAAAUUAGAAGUUCAAGGCUACUUCAGAGAUAUCCCCAAAAUCAAACAGGAAUGGCAACGACUAAAGGUACAAGCAAAGAAAAAUAUUUGUUCUUAUAAAAAAGAUAAACUUAAAACUGGUGGUGGUCCAGCUCCUAAUGAACCAACAGAACUGGAUUGGAUUAUAUAUGACCUAAUCCCUUAUGAAUUUCAAGAAGACACAAGUGCUUACGAUUGUGACCAAAAUAAAACAGAGGAAAAUGUCUCUCAAAACGUGGUUAGUCAAAUUCAAGAUAAUUUAGAAUCUGUACAAGACGAUAUUAUAUUAGAAUUUCAAGAUGAGCAAGGCGAGUGCAUAACAACCGAAAGUUUAAUUGUGGAGAAAAUCGUCGAAAAAGGUGUGAUUGAAAUUGAUAAAACUGUCGAAAAAACUACAGAAGCAGCUACAACACCAUCAAAGCCCCCAAAGACAAGAAAACAGAAACUGAACCAUAUGACUGAAUAUGAAAAUAAAUUAUAUGAUCUCAAUAAGAAAAGAAUAGAGCUACAAAUGCAACAGUUGGAGGAAAUGCACAAGUUGAGAAUGAAAAAUGAAAAGGAAUAUCAUCAGAGACGUUUAGAAUUACUGGAAACAAACAAGUAUUACCGCUUUUUUUAAAUAGUUUUUAAUAAUAAUUUUGUAACUAUUUUCUCUUGUAGGUAGGUGUGGAAAACAA